CCGGUCUCCAGCCGCUCUCGGGCCGCUCUCCACGCUCCUCAGUGAACCAGCCUGCCGGCGCCGAGGCAGGAACGAGGCCCGUCCCGAGGACCGAGAAGCAUGGAGUGCCCCGAAGCGAUAGAACGGGGCCGGAGGUUUCGUCUCCUGAACGACGAAGAACUCCCCCAACUUUUGGACUUCCUCACGGGGUACUUACCGGAGUCCUUGAAGUUUCAUCAGACUUUGCUGACCUACAUGCGAGAAAGGGUGUGGGAGUUUCACUUUUACGUGGCUGACGGCUGGCCGGAAGUCCCGAUCUGCCUCCACUUUCCUGGCAUGACUUUGUCGCCGCACGGUCUUCUCUACGAGAGCGUGGGUGUCUUCUGUCCAAGCGACAGACGGGAGCUGGUGAGUCUCCUGCGGGAGGAGGAUGUCCUGCUGGACUGGUCGAGACCCCUCUACAUCAACUUCACCCACCACCAGAUCGUCGACGAGCUGGCCCUGCUCUACGAGGACGUGGGCACGAUGGACGGGGUCUUGGGCGACGUCUGGGCCUGCGAGGAGCCGGAAAAGACCACCCAGAUAGAGGACGAUCCUGCCGACGAGAACGAGGUCCAGGUCCUUCCUUUAAGGGCCGAGCAUGCCGAGGGCAUCCACGAGCUCUACCCGGCGAACGACGUCGAGUGCCACGAGGUGUUUCGUCGUCUGAUCGACACCCUGCCUGCGGCAGGGGUUUUUGCCAAGGGAACCUUGGCCGCGUGGAUGGUCCAGUCCUACUACGGGGCCAUGUUCUCCAUGCAGACCAAGCCGGAGUAUAGAAGGAAAGGAUACGGAACCAAGUUGGCCAGGUACCUGACGAAGGAGGUGGCUGACCGGGGGUAUAACCCCUUCGUGGUGAUCCGGCCGGAGAACGAGGCGAGCCAGCGCCUCUACUCGAAACUAGGCUUUAAGAAACUCUACCAGACGGUAAGGGCGGUCUUCACGCCUCACUCGUGGCAGGAACCCGAGGAGGAGGCCAGCUCGAUACUUCGCGACAACCUGGAGAACGCGGUUCGCCAGCUGAAGGUGGAGCAGCGGGUGCUGGAGAACCUGCAGGCCGAGGAGGAGGCCACGGUGAUCGCCGACCCCGAGGACAGGGACCCGGAGGGCGAGGAGACGAUACGAGACUCCACGGACUCGCCCGACGACGAGGAGGAGAUCCCGAGGGAGGAGAGGCAGUUCGAGGAGAGCCUGGAGCCCAUCGAGGAGCAGCCCGAGGACAGGAUAAGCAACGACUCCGUCGACGAGGAGUCGACAACGGGCCGGCAAGAACGGCAGAGUCCCGGCGACCUGGCGAACGGCCAUCCCGACUAGAUUUCGAUCCUGGUCGCGUUCCAGCCUCUUCUGGGACGCGUCCUCGAGGUCGCACGCCGGACCUCGAGGUCGCGGACCGUCCUUUAGGUCUGUCGAAGGUGUUUACGAUGACAUUCUUUGCUUGCUUGCCAGGCUGCGUCUUCGUCGAGAGGGAGCUUCGCUCGGGAUGAGUCUCUUCGAGGGGGGUAAUUUGUUCAGAAACUGGCACGACACCCUGGGACUGUGGCUCUUAACCCCUUCGAACCCUGAGAACAAAGCUCUGGUUAAUAGAUGCGUCUGUACGCGGAGAAGGGAUUUUUUUUGCAUGCUAAAAUAUACGGAACACCAGAGAUAUAGGUUAAGGACCACUGUUCUGGAACGACAAGGGUGUCAGGCUUUGAUGACAGAAGGAUUUGAAAGAAUUUUGAGAUGCUUGGGAUACUUCAAUUAUUCCAUUUAUUUUCCUAUCGCAGUAAAGUGGGAAUCUAAUCUGAGUUUGAUAAAAUCAUUUAAAUUGAGGAGCAUUAUUAAACGCCGAUUAAUGGAUAUAGGAUAUUUUUAGGAUCUAUGCUUUUAACAUUUUUCUGUGAUGAAGUAGAUGGUAAUACUAUGUACAUUGUAUAGAAAUUCCAAAAACAUGCUUGGUUUGCAAAGUAGACAAAUUCUGUGUCGAGGCCCCUGAAAGUAUACUUUCGGUUGAUCAGCUGUGUAAGAAGGAAAACUGCCUAGCAGGAAAAUGUCACCGGUGAUACGCUACUAAUUUCUUUAUCAUAAACAAUAAGAUAACGAAAUCGCUUGAAACAAUACAUAAUAUUACAGGGUAAUUUAUCACAGAAAAAUAUUAACAAUUAGAAAGAAAUUUCCUUGAGUUCCUAACUUUUAUAAUUUACGAUACAGAAAUUUGGAGCAUUCUAAUAACUGUGCUCUGGGAACGAUAAAAUGAUUUUUUCAAGUUUGCAAUACUUUGAAUAUACAGCAUCUCAAAGUUCGAUCGAAAUCCGUACAAUGUCAAGUGACUCGAUCAUUUGACUUGUAAAGUCAAUGUCAACCAUGAGGGGUCUGCAGUCAGAAGGGCGUAACUCGAAUUUUUACGCACAAUGCCAUAGUUGCAUUUAGGUGCAGAUUGCAUUACAUACACUCCUGUUUGAUAGUUUUUAAAUAUUUUUAAGACAAAAUCCCUAUUCGAUUGUCAAUGUUCUUUUUAAUUAUCUAACGACGUAUUUAUUAACUGUAAUUAUCCUUGAGCUUCGAUAAGGUCGCUACGAAGUCAGCGUAUUCAACGGUUAAGCCAAUGUUAGUAGUGCGAUAAUUAACAAUUUUGCACACACGGUUACAAACUCUUCUAGCUUCAGGCCCAAGUUGAACGGUUACGUUUUCCUGUAUUUAAAAUAUUUAUUAUACAUAUGUGAACAAUUACCGCCGAUUCUGUGAUAUCAUUUUGUUAGGUUGUUAGGAAGUUUACGUCGUGUCGGUAAAAGUUUGUUGUUAAAUGUCGGUCAGAAUUUGCGGUUAGGACGAAGCGACCUCUCGGUGCAGAGAUUGUUCCGAUUGGCGGGAAAAAUCGCCAAGCCAAGGGAAAAAAUUGGCGAUCUGGCUUAACAUGGAUAUUUGGAAUUACAAAUAUAAUGUCAAACAAUUAAAUCCUCCAUAAGUGCGAAAAGUGCGAAGGUAAUCCGCCGUUAAAUUCACCUUCACAGUUAAUAAUUAUUACGAAUACUCGUUACAUUAAGGGAGCUCGUACCUACUGACGGUAUUAAAACCACUCAUCUUUUAAACAUAUACAGGAAAGGAAUGAAACACAUUUAAAUGCAGUUUAAGCGUGCCGUUAACCGCGCUCUAAUGUACAUAUAGAUUCAAUUAUUUAUGUUUACAUGGAAAAACUGGCAAAGAAAGUGUUAUUAGGUAACUAAAAUGUCGAGUAAUUUAGCAUCUACAUCGCGUGUACUAAAUAUGAACUUUACGGGACCAAAAUUUUUUGAGAUAUUUCCCGACAGAGCAUGAAAAGUGACAUUGUUUGGAAACUGGCUUAAAAGUUUCAGAAGAGGUUAAUUUUUCUGCAUUAUGAAAAUAUGUACCUAAAGAAUGGUUAAUAACACGCUUCCGCUAUGUUUGCAUGUCACGUUUCAAUUCUUCCCGUACUUGUCUGAAAAAUAGGUGUGUAUUGUUUAUUUGGAUAAUAAGUACGGGCCCCCUUAAGGCCACUUUUCAAUGGCCGGAGCUUGACACUGUCAAUGUGCAAUCGUACAAUAAUUUACAUCUAGAUCAUUUAAACGAGCCCUAAUAAGCGACUUGUCGUUUCUAGUAAUUCCAUAUAAUCGUGUUACUCCACGUCGAGUUGCAAAUUCGAAAAUCCUCGGUAAACAUUGGCAGGGCGUUUGUCCGAUUCUCCCGGCCCUAAGCAGGCCGCGGGGCUAGGAUGUUAAGUAAAAGAAAAUGGGUAAAGGUAAAAAGAAGAAAAAAAUGAAAAGAAAAGGACAAAAAGAAUAUUUUAACAAAUUCCCAAUAGUUUAAGGGGAUGCGGUCGCAAGUUCGCGCGCGGCUCGAUUGCGUACGGGGAGCGCGAGCUUUUCUUUUCACUUAAGCUCUCCGUAAUGUUCCUCAUAUCAUAUUUGUUGAAGAUGUUAGGUGAUAUAGCUCAGGACCAAAGAAGGACGCGAGUCCUUCGGCGACGAGACUUUCCACGUUUUUUCGGACCCAAAGAUCUGGACAGACCGACCUCAUUGGUCCCAUCAGGCCCGAAUCUUUCUCGAGAACGUGAAUUGUUUAAUAAGGAGGAAAAGAUUUUUCAAAACUACCUGACAUUUCCCCUUACUUAAGGGGAUGUUAAUGUGGCGUCCGAAGAGUCAAUCGUUCAUGAUACUUUUCUCCCGAGCUGGGUAUGCUGAAUCUUGUCAAACUCUACAACGCAAAUAUGGAGGCUAUGAGGAUGGUGUACUGACCCUCAUUAAAUUACAUUUUUUACUGGCGAAUUAAAAAAGUAUCCGUGAAGAAAUCUUUAAAAAAUUGAUACCUCAUCGGCAUCUCUCUUGUACCCUCCAUGUUUAUAUUGGAAAGCUUGAAUUUCUAGAGAAAUUGGAAAAUUGGAGUCAUGUCGAAAUUGUAAUUGUAACACUGGGUCCUCGUCGUACUCGAAGAAUUCCGUUAGAGACAGAAUUGCGGAAUUUCGUGGAGACGUUUCGUCGAGGCCUGCUCGCAGGUUGUUUGCGCUAAACAAUUGUCGACAAUUGAUUGUACAGGCGCAGGCGCUCGACUCGGUAUACGCGUACCGAGUGUACCGAGAGUAGCACGUAGAUGAUGAAGCAAUCUGUGAUCAUUGUUCAUUUUCUCUCCGAGAUAUUUGCAAUCGUUGCUGGGCAAGCUGCGAGACGUCUUAGAACAGUGUAAUAAUUAAUAAUUAAUUUACGGGUAAAUACGUACUUCGCCAAUCCCGGUGAAAUUGUCAAUUGAAGUAGCAGUAUUCUAGUCAUUUCUCUUUACGUUUAAGUUAGGACUAAUUAAUUAAUUUAAGCGAUGCCCAGCACCGAUUACGAAACUUUAAAGACACGAGAGGGAGAGAGAAAUUGACGAAGCCUCGCGCGAACCUGAGACGUACAUAAACACAAACACUAAGUGGUUGUUAAAAAAUUCAGGAUUUAUAUUAAUUUCAUUUUUCGCGGGGACAAAAUAAUGAUAAAGACAAUUGGCAGGUAUAAAAUGAAUUCUGACAUUUUUGGCAACUGGUUCACACACAAAGCCAUGAUAAAAUUUGUGGAAUCGGCGUACACACACACACCCACACACUCACACGAAUUACCUACUACACGUACGCACGCAUAUACUCCGAUUUCCUCACCACUCUCCAAUGUCCAAGAGUAUCGCUGUGUUGGUGCUUCUUUGCGGCAAAACUCAAAAGAAAUAUAUAUGCAAUUUUAUGAUACUAAUAGUUGCCAUUGCAAAAAAGUCGAAAAGAGGCUAUUUGUCAGCGAGCGACCAAAAAAGGGGCUGAAGGCGGUUCGAAAGGAAACGGACGAAGCUUGCGAUUCUUCUCAGUUAUUUAAUAAAUAUAUUAAUUUUCCCGAAAAGCCUUUUCGUCAAAUCGCGAAUAUAUCUGAAUCCUGGAAAGAAGAACCGGACGAUUAGAAUUCUUCGGUAAUGUCGCUUUUAUUAAUUCUCAAUCCUAAAGUAGCUGAGAAGAAUCUUGAACUCCGUCCCCUCGAUUUUCCUCUGCUAAUCGGAGAUUAAAUCAACGUUUAAAUGUAUUUUUCAAUUUUCCUCACUUCCGAGGUAGAAAAUCAUUCUAGCGUUAACGAGAUUACUGACGUCGGAGCUUUCAAUAUGAAUGGUACGCGUUAUCACCGUUUACGAUCGAACUUGAAAUUCCCAUAAUGUGUAGUCAAUUGUAACGAUACGUAAUUAUUUAAGGGGUUUUUCCUUUUUCUCUCGGUUAGGAAAUAUUUUAUUCAAACGGCAGCUAAGCGGGUCGAAAAUUCCGUCCAUUUCCUUCCAAACCGAUUUCUUCGCCUAUCGGGAAAUGCGUCGGCCGUUAUCAGAGGCUCACGUACACGAAGUGAUUAUGGAAGAAAUGUUGGAAAGCACGCCUCUCCGUUCCAGUAAUAUUAUUAAAUAUCGCCUCGGCUUUCAGCGAAUGAUUAAUAUCGUUUUAUCACGUCGUGACUUCCCUCGGUCGAACGUUGCUCGCGGUACCGGCACAGCGAUGAUAACGCGGUAUAACGAUAACAAUAAACGACAACAAUAGUGACGAGAAACACUAGCGUUAACGAUUAAGAUCGGAGAGAAAGCGAGAAAGAGAGAGAGGUGCGUACGAUUACCGCCAGAUCUAGGGAAAAUACUGAUUUACAUUAAAAAAAAAAGAAAAACGAAGAAACUAACAAACAGCACACCUUUGCAAUCUAUUCCUCGAAAUAAUCACUUAAUCUAUAUUUGGAUAAUAAUUAACAAAUUGUAACGGCGUUUUACAUUAUUACAUUUUACGCUGAAUUCAGAGCACAUCUGACAAUGACAACGGCAAUGUGUAUGAAAAUUGUUAAUAAGUGGUUUAUGCAAGUUAAUGCAACAUUCUGUACAUACAUAAUGUAACUACCGCGGAAUUAUUGACAUUUCGUAUUUAUGAAUUUAAUUGCCGAACAAGGGUAAACAUUGGUAGAUAUUGGAAAUUAUCCUUAAGGAUGCUUAAGUCAUAUCCGGAAGUUUCGUUAUCAGUGAUAUUAUUUAUAACGUCCUGUAGAAUUGUUUAGAAUUAAUUGUGAAAGCUUUGAUCGGUCAUAAGGAAAUCCGAGCAGAAAUGUCCGAAUACAUUUGACACGCUCGUUUCGAGGAAUCGUUUGGGGGGUAAUGUUUGCAACAAUUAAUUAAUUUAUUGUAAAGAGUGUUUUGCUCAGGUCUGAUAACCGCGCAAACGGGAAACCCGACGUCCCAGCCUUGCUGACGGAAAACCUUAGGAGAACCUAGAGACCUUAGAUAGGUAUACACUACUUGUAUAAUUUUUUCUACGUUUCAUAGCGAUAACGACGACCGAUAGGUAAUCGAUAAUCGAUGUAAAAUUGAGGCGACAUAGAGCGGCACUGGGACGUUCGAUGGCACCCUUCGAGGCUCCCCUCGCGAUCGCUGUUUUGUUGAAACAAAAAAAAAAGGAGAAAAUAGGAAACGAGAGAUGAAAUGUUCCUUUCGGAUUCGGUUUCGAUUGAUUUCUUAUCACCGUACGUCCGGACGAGGGGAGCCAGCUGUGAUACUUUAUCCAAUCCAAUUUAAUGUCUCGGCCAGCGAAUACGAUUUUCUAGUCUAGGCGAGAUCGAACGUUGCUUAUACGACCACGAUUCCUGCGAUUAGUCUCUGUCGGGUUUUUUGUUUAGUUGCAUCCUGCAGGACAUUGUUUAAUCGGACGGAACAAAAAUUUCAAUCGGCAAAUUAAGUAGCAAAGGCGCACUCGAGACUUAAAGUCGCAACUAUACUCGUUACCAUAUUGAACUAAGCCAAAGAAUGUGAAGGAAAAGUUAUUGCAAUAUUUUUCGCCGGCGUUAAUAAUUAGAGAACAAUUUAAGCGGUUCCGUGCCUAAGAGGCGAACAGGUUGUCCGAUCACUCUGGUCGAUAAGCGGAUCUGCGUUGAUUGCGGUCUUCUCCCUUAUCGGUGCUUGAUACCAAAAAACAUCUCCAAUGAAAGUUGUUCCUUACCUUAUGGAGAGAAAUCUUUGUGAAUAACAAAUUCUUCUAUAUUGCACCGUUACGCGAGUAAUGUGCAAUAAUGUCAUGUAAUGUCAUAAUAACACACGUGGGAAUGAGAGGGAAUAAUCGUCUAGCAGAAAGUUUCGCAAUGUUUCGAAAUGACGUUUCCGGCAGCUACGAAGUGCCUAAGCGAUGCAACUUUAAACAAAUGACCUGAAAACAAAUAGAUUUGCUUGUGCCAUCGCGAAUGUCGACUCGCGGAUUCGCCCUGUGUGGCAUCGGCUUCCUCGCUGGUUAUCGAUCUCAAAUAAAUCGGCUUCGUUUAACGUUUCGACACUUAUCUGUGGAUCUAAUUACACUCGAAUCACCGUAGUUUGGUUGUACGAGCAAGUGCGGUCUCGACAUAGUUCAGCUCUGCCACAUUAUUCUCUCCGGACACGCUAUCACGUUGAAUUUACGAAAAAGAAGGGGGAAAAGAAAGAAAAAGAAAGAAAUCCUAUCUUCGGUGACAAAUUGUGCGCUUGAUUGUAAUCCGACAUGGAGUUUUACAAGAGGAACAACAGGGAUCACGAAAACGGGCGGUAGCCUCAAACUUUUCCACGUAAAGUGGAAUUCCGAUUUUCCGAAGGCUCCGAAAAAAAAAAGGCCGAAAUCGAAUUUUCCAAAAAAUACUGGCACCCUAUAAAGCGAGGUAGAUUUAAGAAAAAGUUGAAAGCGUUGCAACAAAAUGCUCGUUACUUCGCACUAAAUGUCAAGAAUUCGAUAUCAGAGAUUCGGAGCGAAGAAAUAUUUUACCUUCAGAUUCAAAACAGAUGACGGCAUUUUGGCACUGAAGGAUGAUAUCUUUCCGUGCGGAAACGACAAGAGCCGUGAUUUUUAAAACAAAAGCUUUUGACCAUUGAGCAAUUGUGAAGUACAUUAAAUUAAUCGAGCGACGUCUAAGGAAUAAAUUUCGGAAAAUCGCGGUUCCGCUCGACGGCCACUCUUGUCAAUUAGGUACAUCGCGCAAAGAGAGACGAAUUUUGGUAUGACCUCCGCGAGGAAAAAGAGAAACCUAGAAAAAAAAAAUAAAAGGAAAAGAAAAGACCCGGUAGUAAAAAGAGCGAACCCCACGAGGACGUUGAACCGAGCUCCGGAAGCGACACGAGUAUAACCCGAAAGUACAAUAAAAUGGAAAGUAAUAAAAAAAGAGAGAAAAGGAGAAGAGAAGGCGAGUAAAAAGAAACGAAAAAAAAAACAGAAAAAAGCGCCGAGGUUCUACAUACACCACCGGUUGAAUUAAUUCUAGCUCGUAAGUAUCGAUCGGACAGUUUCGGGACCUCGAUUAAAAAACAAUUGCAUGCCCGAAGUGACGAAGAUCAAACAGACAGGAAGGGGGAAAAGAUAUUGGGGAGAAAAGAGAAACAUUGAAUUUAGUCCAUGUUGGACAGAAAUAAAAAAAUAAGAUCAAGGCAGCCUUUUUGGGGGGAAAGAUCAAGACAGUCGGUGCGCAAACCUCGUUGAAAGAAAUGAAGGAAAGAAAUUAAGAAUAAAAGGGAAGGAAAGAGGGCAGGGACUCGAGACAUCAACGAACUUAUUACGAGGGAUUUUAGUCCAGCCUCUAGAUAUAUCGUGCUAGCUGUAGCGCUUCCGAGAAGAAACGAAAAUCGAAUUGUCAUCGGGAUUAGGCCUAACCGAAGCACGUCUUACUCCUAAUGCACUUCUGUAAAUAUGUUCUUCCUCUCCUCUUAAGCAUUACUGCUCCACCGCGGCAGCAUUAGGAAAAACCGGUCGUUUGGCGACACGAUCUCAUCGCUGAGAGAGAAUAAAGAAAAACAAGGUGAGAGAGAGAGAAAAAAAAAGAUAAGA